GACAGAUCGAGCAUCCUACGACAUGGUGGUCGAAAGCUCUUGGCGGCGUUGGCGGCCUCAGAACUGGCCUUCCCUGGUGGUUUGCCUCGAGAACCUUAUGCUACUGCACCAGGUCCGCGGCAUCAUCCGACAUCCAGUGAAAGCUACGGGCCACAUUCUGGGCCACAAGCUGGAAGUUGUGCAGGGGUCAAAGAAGCGCCCGAGGCUGUAUAUGCCGCCAAAGAUUCCCAAGCAUCCACUCCAAGAUAUAGAAGCGAAUAUGAACGAGCUUCUAACUUACAAUGACCUGAAGCUGCGCUGGCAGUUCACGACUCGAUUUUCAACCAGUCGAAUGGGUGUGGCUCGCCAUUGGAAGCCUCAGCGCACGGACUUUCCGCGAAGCAAGCCGACAUGUUCCUUCAUAUGGCAUGACGAUAUGCCACACAGGAGCCCGCAACCAGAGCUCCCGAGCCCAAAGCACUUUGACAGGAUCAAGGAGCAAGAGCUCUUCUGUGUCUUCAAGAGCAGUGUGCUGCAUCAGCACAAAGUGACAGUCGGAGACCUCGUGCAAAUUGAGAAGCUUCACAGAAGAGAGGCUGGUGAGAAGGUCGUUUUUGGGACUGUCCUUGUCGUUGGCUCGAAGGACUUCACCAUUCUCGGGAAGCCGACCGUGCCCUAUGCGAAAGUGAAGGCGACCAUCGAGCAGCAGACUCUGACGAGAGAGAUGCUCGCCUUCUGGUACAAGCCACGGCGAAAGCAGUCCCACUUCUACCGUCGCAGGCAGUGGGUGACCAUGCUCCGCAUCGAUGAAAUUGUGUUGAUGCCAGAAGAGGAUCCCACAGACCCCCCGCCGCCCAAACCCGUUCGACUUCUCGACCUUUGGGCCAACAGGUGGUUGGAUCCUGCCGAAAAGGCAGGAAUCGAGAUGGUGACAGGUGAAGACGGCGCUGUCAUUCCAAAGACUGCUUUAAUCUAUGAGCCUGGGUUGCAAGUAGUAAAGCCGCAGUUGACAGAACCGAGGAGAUCAGGAGUGUUUUUUUGA